AUGAACUUUGAUUAUGACAACACCCCGCCGACCAUGAGAAAGGCCAUGUGCAAUCAUUGUGUUAUGCUUCAGAUUCAGAAAGCAACAGGCUUCCUGCAUUGGCUGCGUCUUUUGGAGAUGGAGGCCCCAGCGAAGGACUACGACACCAUGGCCACCCAGCUGAAGCAGCAGUUCAUGUACGGAUUUAUGGACGGUGACAUCGUGCACAUUCUCGAAACGGAAGUCCCACCGGGAGAGCUGGCUGCAGUGCCCUUUGCCUCUCAGAUACAGAAGGCACAACAGAGUGAGAAGGAUGAAGAGGCAGCGCGUUUGGCCGAAACCGUGCGAGCCGCCACCUACACGCAGCUGUCAGCUGCAAUCCUUGCAGACAUGGCGACCUUGCAAAGCAGGGCACCAACGAAAGAAACAGCGGCUGCGCAGCAGGCCCGCGAUCUCAAGUAUGUCCGCGAGCGGCAGCUGAAGGGCCAAGAGUUUGUGGAGACCUGGAUGGCCAAGUACUGCUGCAUCAUUCCGCUCCCGGAGAGCUUGGACUGCAGUGGCGGCACGGUGUUUCCGACCUACCUCAAGCACAUGGAGCAGUUUCGCGGCGUGGCUGGGAAG